AUUCGGAGAUUCGGAAAUUCGGAAAACCUGAAAUUUCGGAGCUCUCACGCACUCCCACGGCCAACCGUAAUUCAGUGCCUUGCAAAUGCACCCCCGCGCACUACGGGGCACUGGACUCUUUCGGCCCAGGAUCCGUACCGCCGAGCUCCUUUCCUGUCCAUGCACCGCUUGUCAUGGGGUUUGUGCCACUGGUGUGCCUCUCUCGCCUCAUGCGCAUCAUGCAUCCAUCCCCUAUAGGCGCCCCCAUCGUCCUCUCCAUUACAUCGUUCUUGCUCACAGAAGCGUAACCUCGUCCUCUCGUCCUGGGGGGGAGAAGGGCCAUCGACGUGGUAAUGAUGUCCUGGCGCAAGGUCGGGUCCUCGCAUCCACCAUAAAUAGCCCCCCCUCCUCGUCCAGUCUGCACACCGCAACACUCAUUCUCCUCCCCUCACCAGACUAUGCUCUUAUCUCGCGCUACCUCUAUCCGCAAUUUGAAGACGCUUCCUUUCCCUAUCAAGUCCCUCACCACUACCCCACGCUUUUUUUCAUCCACUAUUCCAGCCAUGGGACGCGUCUCCGAUGCCGUCAAGCACGACCACCGCGAGCUCGAGGAGCAGUACAACAACAUCCUGAGCGCAACCACCGAGGACGAGAAGACCCGCUGGCAGAAUCAGUUCACCUGGGAGCUGGCCCGUCACUCCGUCGGCGAAGAGCUGGUCGUCUACCCAGCCAUGGAGAAGCACCUGUCCAACGGCAAAGCCCUGGCCGACAAGGACCGAAAGGAACACGCAGUUGUGAAGGAGCAGCUCUAUAAAUUCCAAAACCUCAAGGCCACCGAUCCCGAGUUCGAGCCUACCAUCAGGGCCCUCUGGAAGGACUUGAGACAGCAUAUCAAGGAGGAAGAGGAGGAAGACCUCAUCGCCUUGGAGAAUGCUCUGAAAGAGUCUGACUCGGAGGACCUGUCCACCAGCUUCAAGCGCACCAAGAUGUUUGCCCCCACGCGCAGCCAUCCCAAUGCCCCCGACAAGCCUCCAUUCGAGAACGUUGCUGGCCUGCUGGCAGCGCCGCUGGAUCACCUUAAGGACUUGUUCAGCAGGUUCCCCAAGUAGAGCAAGAACCACCAGCUGCUGUUGUUCUCUCUCACUACAGACGAUUCAAGAUAACAAAAUGGCUUCUCGGCCAGAUGAAGACCUAUAAUUGCAUAAUUGCAUGCUGGGAAGGGUGUACAUAUUUGACAGACUCAAUAAAAUAAACGAGCAAAAGCCGGGAUUGCUAGCUCCCUUUUGUAAAUGAAUAAGAA